CUCGUUACCAGGCAACUAGCAACACUUUAGGUGGCAGGCGAGCUGCUGGAAAUGGAGUGGGGAUCCCUGUCAGUUUCCCAAGGUGGAGGAAAUAUUCAGUGCCAUAUUUUAUACUGACAUGAUUAAGGAGAUUAUUCAUUUGGUGAGUCAUUUUGCUGCAAGGCCAUGCAAUCCAAGGCAUACUUAUUACUGGAAAGAGAACAUGCUAAACUUCAAGAAACUAGACUCUUUGGCAUUAAUGUGUCCCCAGUUAGGGACGAUCUGUUAGAGUGGGUGGCCACAGUUCAGGGAUUGAAAGAUUCCCUCUGGGAAGGUGCUGUCCUUCAGGUUUCCUUGAAGUAUACAGAAGAUUACAGCUCAAUCCCUCCAGCUGUUACUUUCAAUACAAUUCCUUUUCAUCCCAAUGUGGACACAGUCACAGGCAAGCCAUGUAUAGACUUUCUUGAUAAUCCCAGGAAAUGGAAAGAAGACUUUUCCUUGACGACUAUCCUGCUUACCAUUCAGGUGAUGUUGUCCAAUCCAGUCCUGGAAAAUGCAGUCAAUGUGGAAGCUGUAGAGAUGCUGAGGGAAAACCCAGCACGUUAUCGAGAAAUGAUUUUGGAAUGUGUUCGAACCAGCAGACAGCUUAAUGAAACUGGAGUUAAGGUAGAAGCAGAGAAUUUUCCUGUGACUCAUUUUGAAGACCAAGUUUCCACACCAACUUGUGGCAAGCCUCUAACAAUAAAAAGGAUUGCUUUUGAUGACUAUCACAAGGCCUGGUGUGAAAUUGCCACAACAAAAGCAACUGAGAGCUGCAAAGAUCCAAUGCCAGUGCCCUAUCCUCAUCUUAAAGCACUGUACCACGGACUGGAAAAGGAGGAUUUGCAGGAAGAGAUUAAAGAACAGAAUAAAGAGUUCAACUAUAUAAUGUAUGGAGCAUUUAAGAAAGGAAGGAAAGCUCACGUGACAUUGGACAAGAAACUUGCCCGAAUCAACCGCAUGAAGAAUUGCUACAUUAUGGAUAAACCCUUAGAAGUUUCAACUUCAGUAGCCCAGAAUCUGUCAACAAGCAGCAAGCCAAUGCAACCCAACAGCAAUACUCAAGAUGAGGAAUUGAGGGACCAGGAAGUAGACAGUUUAGUUGGCUGGACAGCUCAGCUCAAUUUCGGAGAGCUGGAAAAAGAUUAAGGAAAAGAAUCCCAAUAUUCAGCUCUUUCAUGGCCUAUAAACCUGUCAUUAACUUAAUUUGGAAGACUUGAUGUUCCCUUCAAUGCUGCAAAAACUGUAUGUUUCUAAAAUAAUAUUCAAAUGUCUCUAUUCUGAAACAUAUCUUAUUUAUUUCCAGAAUGUGAAAUAAAUGUUAUUAAUGUUAUCAAA